UACAGUCUUACAGCAAGAGUGGAAGUUGAACCUGGACCAAAUUACGGAAAAACAACCCGCUGAAAACUCUCUGCUCUGUGCGAAAACAGACAAUAUUCAUUACUUUUGCCGUCGGCAUUGUUUCGAAUGAUCACUUUAGGGAUUCGUUUAGAGUAAUGACAAUGUUGGGUAUGUAUGUGCCAGAUAGAUUUUCUUUGAAGUCAUCUAAGGUCCAGGAUGGAAUCGGGCUUUACACGGCGAGACGAGUGAAAAAGGGGGAAAAGUUUGGCCCUUUCGCUGGAGAAAAGAAACUGCAGAGUGAGCUGGAUGAGAGCACGGACACCAGACUGAUGUGGGAGGUCCGAGGUAGUAAAGGCGAUGUGCUCUAUGUGUUGGAUGCCAGUAACCCUCGCCAUGCCAAUUGGCUGCGGUUUGUCCACCAGGCGCCAUCGCAAGAAGAGAAGAACCUGGCAGCCAUCCAGGAUGGAGAGAAUAUCUUCUACCUGGCAGUGGACGACAUUGAGACAGACACAGAAAUGCUGAUAGGCUACCUGGACAGUGAUAUGGAGGAAGAGGAAGAGGAUGAGGAAGAGGAAAUCAUCAAAGAGGAAGAUGAAGACAGCAAAGAGGCCAAACAUCUUAUUGAAAUGGAACUGGUGAUCAAGAAGGAGGACCACCCGUGCCUGCUGUGUGAGAGCAGCUUCCCUAGCGAGGAGAUCCUAGCAGCCCACCUCCAGAGCCUGCACCAGAGACCAAUCACAGAGGAGAAAGAGUACAAGUGCAGGAACUGUGGCAAGAAGUUCCCCAUCAAACAAGCCUUGCAGCGCCAUGUUCUGCACUGUGCUGAGACCCUGGGUCAUUCAGGAGACUCCUCCAGAGGCCACCACCAGUGUUCCCUUUGCCACAUCACCUUCAGCUCAGAGUCCAGUUAUGACCAGCACAAGGAGGCGUGUAGAGGAGACGCCAGGUUCAUCUGUAAGGCUGAGAGCUGUGGGAAGAGGUUCAAGAGCAAAGACGCUCUGAAGAAACACAAAGGGAACGUCCACACAGGUCGGUCUCCAUCUCACACAUACGCAGGAAGUUCCAGGCGGAAGCUUAUGUGCACCAUCUGCAACAGGAAAUGCUCCUCCUUACUGAAUCUCCAGGAACAUCGUAAGGUACACGAGAUAUUUGACUGUACUGCCUGCGAUAAGAAAUUCAUCUCUACCAAUCAGCUCAAGCGCCACAUGAUCACUCACUCAGAGAAACGUCCGUACACCUGUGAGAUCUGCAGUCGUUCGUUCAAGCGUCUGGACCAGGUGACGGCCCAUAAGAUCAUCCACAGCGAAGACAAGCCGUACAAGUGUAAGCUGUGUGGGAAGGAGUUUGCCCACCGGAAUGUCUACAAGAACCACAAGAAGACUCACUCAGAGGAAAGGCCCUUCCAGUGUGAGGAGUGCAAAGCCCUGUUCCGCACCCCCUUCUCUUUACAGCGCCACCUACUCAUCCACAACAGUGAGAGGACAUUCAAGUGUGACCAGUGUGACGCCACCUUCAAGAGGAAAGACACGCUCAACGUGCACAUCCAGGUGGUGCACGACGGACACAAGAAGUACAAAUGUGACCUGUGUGAGAAGGCUUUCGUCACCCCCUCUGUUCUCAAGAGCCACAAAAAGACGCACACAGGGGAAAAGGAGAAGAUCUGCCCAUACUGCGGACAGAAGUUCGCCAGCAACGGCACUUUGAGGGUCCACAUCCGCAGCCAUACAGGUGAGCGGCCAUACCAGUGUCCUUACUGUGACAAAGCAUUCAGCAAGAAUGAUGGACUGAAGAUGCACAUUCGCACACACACUCGGGAGAAGCCAUAUAAAUGCAGUGAAUGUAACAAGGCCUUCAGUCAGAAGAGAGGUCUGGACGAACACAUGAGAACCCACACCGGAGAGAAACCCUUCCAGUGUGAUGUGUGUGAUCUGUCGUUCAGUCUGAAGAAGAUGCUGAGCAGGCACAAGCUGACCCACAACCCCAACAGGCCCAUGGCAGAAUGCUCGCUGUGCCAUAAGAAGUUCACCAGGAACGACUACCUCAAAGUGCACAUGGAGAAUGUUCACGGGGAGACAGAGGGCUAGGACCCAUCUACUGUAUAUGAUACUACUGAAGAUAAACUGCAGUGAACUCCAAAGGUAUUGGCACAGUGACACAUUUUGCGGUUGUUUUGGUUCUGUACUCCAGCUCUUUGGAUAUUAAAUGAUACAAUGACCAUGAGGUUAAAGUGCAGACUAUCACCUUUUCUUUGAAGGUAUUUUCAUCCAUAUCAAAAUUACAGCACUUCUUGUAUAGUGCCCCCAUUUUAGGGGGCCAAAAGUAUUGGGACAAAUCCACUUACUGUAUGUGGGCUGAGCUGGCCCAGACCAGACCAGCGUCCACCCACAGCUCCCCACGCCAGCUACGCCCACCGCCAUGGAGUGUCAUUACCACACCAGCUGUAUAAAAGUAGUAAAAAGUUAAGUAUUGUGUGCCAUAUUCAUAGCGCAUAAUGACUACAUGAAGUUUGUGACUACAAAUUUGUCAGAUGCAUUUUCUGUCUGUUUUGGUUGUCUUUCAGAUUAUUUUGUGCCCUAUAGAAAUGAAUGGUAAAUAAUGCAUUAGAAACAUAUUCUAUUCUUAUUUACAAUAAAAGUGACUACAAAAUGACACUAUUUACCAUUCAUUUCUAUUUGGCACAAAAUUAUCUGAAACACAACCAGAAUAAACAGCAAAUGCAUCCAACAGGUUUGUAGCUUCACAAUCUUGAUGUAGUCGUUGUGUGCUAUGAAUAUGGAACCAAAUACUUAACUUGUGGCUACUCUAAAACACAUGCAAGUGAAUUUGUCCCAUUAAUUGUCCCAUUAAUGAAUUUGUCCCAUUAAUAUCAUUUUCAAUCCAAAGUGCUGGAGUACAGAGCCAAAGCGACAACACAUUUAUCUGUCCCAACACUUUUGGAGUUCACUGUAUAUUUACAGUGUUAAACGUACAGGAUGGCCUGCUAUGCAUUUCAGACGUAGCAAUAAGCAGUCUUUUCUUUUUACGAUUAAAUAUAUACAAAUGCAAAAUAUGGAAAAGAUUAGAAUUCAAUAUCGGAACAUAUCCUGCACAUAGGAAUUAUGGAGUAUGGAGUACAUAUUCAAUUCACAGGGGGUUUGGAUGAGGCGCAAGACCCACGCUGUUCUGAUCUGCUUCCAAACCGCUCUUCUGUUUAUACUUUACAUUCAAUUGAGUUUUAAUAGGAAAGUUUGGGAGUGGCAUGUCCAGACAAUUCAGCGCGAUACAAUAACUAGCCUCGCUCCGAAAGUCUCUUUCCUGCUUAUCGGCUUCUAGGUUCCCGUCUUAUGCCAACUGUACCGUGCCUUACUCUGUUACAGCUAUAUGACCAGGUAACACACUUUCCAAAGAGUUUGAAAGACAAAGAUGUUUACCAAACACAGCCAGCCUACUCCCUUCCUCCAGCCCACGCAUUGUCUGGAAAUGCAAUAAAUUCCUUAUUACUGUUGUCAAAGUUACUGUUACUGUUUGUCAAAAGAAGAGCAACAAAUUGUUCAUAAUACUGUAUUUCAUGUCUGCUAAGACUGUUUUAUAUGGUUAUUUCAUAUAUUGAGGGACCAAGCAGUUUCUUUCUGUUUAUACUCCUGUAUGUUAAAUGGAUAAUGUAUUUAAUGGAUGGUGCAAUGAUGUAUGUUUAUCUGUUCUUUUUGUAUGGUCAGACCAUAGCCUUCCUGUGUUCCACAGACUGUUACACAUUUUGUAUCUUUUACUAUUCAUCUCAAACUGUGAAUAUUUCACAUCACACUUUCCUGUUUUGAAAUGUACUUCAUAAAAACCUCAUUACUUACCAAA